AUACUGAAAAAAAGUGAGAGAGAAGAAGAAGAAGAAAAAUUAAGCUUAAGUUAAGCUUUUGUUAUAGAGAAAAACGUAGUUGGGAGAGAACCCAUUUCUUCUUUCAUACCAUCUUUAUCAAAUUAUCUCUCUUUCUAUCUCUAUCUCUCUCCAUAAUCAUCCUCAAUUUUGUUACAGAGGAGUCUUUUUUUUCUUUUUUUUUUUUUUGAAUUAGCCAUGGCUUCUUUACUAUCUUCUUCAUCAUUCACCUUGUCAAGUUCGAGAGUUGAUCAUCUUUCUUCACUUUCUAAAAAACAUUACUUUCUUCACUCGUUUCUUCCAAAGAAAGCCAACCAACCCAACUCAAAAUCUUUCCUUAAAGUGAAGUGUGCAGCAGUUGGCAAUGGCUUGUUCACUCAGACCACACAAGAAGUUCGUCGAAUUGUCCCAGAGAACAGAAAUGGCCUUCCCACUGUGAAAAUUGUAUAUGUCGUUUUGGAAGCUCAGUACCAGUCUUCUCUCACUGCUGCAGUCCAGUCAUUGAACGAAACCAAAAGGUACGCUUCUUACGAACUCGUUGGUUACUUGGUUGAAGAGCUUAGAGACGAGUCAAAUUACAAAGCUUUCUGCAAAGACCUUGAGGAUGCCAAUAUCUUCAUUGGGUCUUUAAUUUUUGUUGAGGAGCUUGCUUUGAAAGUCAAGGCCGCGGUUGAGAAAGAAAGAGACAGACUUGAUGCAGUCUUGGUGUUCCCUUCAAUGCCUGAGGUGAUGAGGCUCAACAAGUUGGGCUCUUUCAGUAUGUCUCAAUUGGGUCAGUCCAAGAGCCCAUUUUUCCAGCUCUUCAAGAAGAAGAAGCAGUCUGCUGGUUUUGCUGAUAGCAUGUUGAAGCUGGUGAGGACUCUGCCUAAGGUUUUGAAGUACUUGCCCAGUGAUAAAGCUCAGGAUGCUAGACUUUACAUACUCAGUCUUCAAUUUUGGCUCGGUGGUUCCCCUGAUAACUUGGGGAAUUUCUUGAAAAUGAUUUCUGGGUCUUAUAUUCCAGCUUUGAAGGGGCUUAAGAUUGAGUACAAAGACCCAGUUUUGUACUUGGAUACUGGAAUUUGGCACCCUUUGGCUCCUUGUAUGUAUGAUGAUGUGAAGGAGUAUUUGAACUGGUAUGGAACUAGAAAGGAUGUUAGUGAGAAGGUUAAGGGUCCAAAUGCGCCAAUAGUUGGGUUGGUUUUGCAGAGAAGUCAUAUAGUUACCGGGGAUGACAGUCACUAUGUGGCAGUGAUCAUGGAAUUGGAGGCAAAAGGGGCUAAGGUGAUUCCAAUUUUUGCUGGUGGACUUGACUUUUCAGGUCCAGUGGAGAAGUUUUUGAUCGAUCCUAUUACCAAGAAAACUUUUGUGAAUUCAGUGAUUUCACUCACUGGUUUUGCACUUGUUGGAGGACCAGCAAGGCAGGAUCAUCCAAGAGCUAUUGAGGCUUUGAUGAAGCUUGAUGUUCCUUACAUCGUGGCAUUGCCUUUGGUGUUUCAGACAACUGAAGAGUGGCUUAACAGUACUUUGGGUCUGCACCCAAUUCAGGUUGCAUUGCAAGUGGCUCUUCCUGAGCUAGAUGGAGGAAUGGAGCCCAUUGUUUUCGCUGGUCGGGAUCCUAGAACAGGGAAGGCACAUGCCCUUCACAAGAGGGUAGAACAAUUGUGCACCAGGGCAAUCAGAUGGGCUGAACUCACUAAGAAGAUAAAGGCAGAGAAGAAGCUAGCAAUCACUGUCUUCAGUUUCCCUCCCGACAAAGGAAAUGUUGGAACUGCGGCUUACCUGAAUGUCUUUGCCUCCAUCUUCUCAGUUCUCAAAGACCUUAAGAAAGAUGGUUACAAUGUUGAGGGCCUACCAGAGACUUCAGAGGCUUUAAUUGAAGAGGUCAUUCAUGACAAAGAGGCUCAAUUCAGCAGUCCAAACCUGAACGUUGCCUACAAAAUGGGGGUCCGGGAAUAUCAAAAACUAACUCCAUAUGCCACUCUAUUGGAAGAAAACUGGGGCAAACCUCCAGGAAAUUUGAACUCUGAUGGAGAGAAUCUCUUGGUAUAUGGAAAACAGUAUGGUAAUGUCUUCAUUGGAGUUCAGCCAACUUUUGGCUAUGAGGGUGAUCCUAUGAGAUUACUUUUCUCUAAGUCAGCUAGUCCUCAUCAUGGCUUUGCAGCAUACUACUCGUUUGUUGAAAAGAUCUUCAAAGCUGAUGCUGUUCUUCACUUUGGUACUCAUGGCUCGCUUGAAUUCAUGCCUGGAAAACAAGUGGGGAUGAGUGAUGCCUGUUUUCCUGACAGUUUAAUUGGGAACAUUCCCAAUGUCUAUUACUAUGCUGCUAACAACCCAUCUGAAGCUACCAUAGCCAAACGCCGUAGCUAUGCAAAUACCAUCAGCUACCUUACUCCACCAGCAGAAAAUGCAGGGCUCUACAAGGGUCUUAAGCAGUUGAGUGAACUCAUCUCCUCUUACCAAUCCCUUAAAGACACUGGUCGUGGCCCACAGAUUGUCAGCUCAAUUAUCAGCACAGCCAAACAAUGUAAUCUUGACAAGGAUGUGGACCUGCCUGAAGAAGGUACAGAACUCUCAGUUAAUGACCGAGAUCUUGUGGUUGGAAAAGUUUACUCCAAAAUCAUGGAGAUUGAAUCACGUCUUCUUCCUUGUGGCCUUCAUAUCAUUGGUGAGCCUCCGACAGCCAUGGAAGCAGUAGCAACCCUGGUCAACAUUGCAGCGCUGGAUCGUACUGAAGAAGAAAUUACAUCAUUCCCAUCCAUAUUAGCUCAGACAGUGGGAAGAGAAAUAGAGGAUAUCUACAGAGGAAGUGACAAAGGAAUUCUCAAGGAUGUCGAGCUGCUUAAGCAAAUAACUGAAGCAACACGAGGAGCAAUUUCCAAAUUUGUGGAGCGUACAACAAAUAACAAGGGCCAAGUUGUCGAUGUAGCUGAUAAACUCAGCUCCAUUCUUGGGUUUGGCAUCAAUGAACCUUGGGUUGACUACUUAUCUGGCACCAAAUUUUACCGUGCAGACAGGGACAAACUGAGAAAACUAUUUUUGUUCUUGGGAGAAUGUUUGAAGCUAAUUGUAGCUGACAAUGAGUUGGGGAGUCUAAAGCAAGCAUUGGAGGGAAAGUUUGUUGAGCCAGGGCCAGGUGGAGACCCAAUUAGAAACCCAAAAGUUUUGCCAACAGGGAAGAAUAUUCACGCACUUGAUCCACAAGCCAUUCCUACAACAGCUGCUAUGCAGAGUGCAAGGAUUGUUGUGGAGAGGCUAAUUGAGAGGCAAAAGAUUGACAAUGGUGGAAAGUAUCCCGAAACAGUUGCACUUGUAUUGUGGGGCACAGACAAUAUAAAAACUUAUGGUGAGUCCUUGGGUCAAGUUUUGUGGAUGAUUGGUGUCAGACCAAUUUCUGAUACUUUAGGCCGAGUCAACCGGGUGGAACCAGUCAGUCUUGAAGAGCUUGGAAGGCCUAGGAUUGAUGUUGUUGUUAACUGCUCAGGAGUGUUCAGGGAUCUCUUUAUCAAUCAGAUGAAUCUCCUUGAUCGGGCAGUAAAGAUGGUUGCUGAACUAGAUGAGCCAGUAGAAAUGAACUUUGUUCGAAAACACGCAUUAGAACAGGCAGAAUCCCUUGGAGUUGGGGUGAGAGAAGCUGCAACUCGAAUCUUCUCAAACGCCUCAGGAUCCUACUCUUCUAACAUUAACCUUGCUGUGGAGAACUCUACAUGGAAUGAUGAAAAACAGCUGCAGGACAUGUAUUUGAGCAGGAAAUCUUUCGCAUUUGAUUGUGAUGCCCCUGGUGCAGGCAUGACUGAGAAAAGACAAGUUUUUGAGAUGGCUUUGAGUACAGCUGAGGCAACCUUCCAAAACCUUGACUCUUCAGAAAUCUCACUCACUGAUGUGAGUCACUACUUUGACUCAGACCCCACCAAUCUGGUUCAGAACCUGAGAAAGGAUGGGAAGAAGCCGAGUGCGUACAUAGCCGAUACCACAACAGCCAAUGCUCAGGUCCGUACACUUUCUGAGACCGUGCGGCUUGAUGCACGCACCAAGCUGCUGAACCCCAAGUGGUAUGAAGGAAUGAUGUCAACUGGUUACGAAGGUGUUCGUGAGAUUGAGAAGAGACUUACCAACACUGUUGGAUGGAGUGCCACUUCUGGUCAAGUUGACAACUGGGUUUAUGAAGAGGCCAAUACCACCUUUAUCCAAGAUGAGGAGAUGUUGAACAGGCUCAUGAACUCCAACCCCAACUCAUUCAGAAAGAUGGUGCAGACAUUCUUGGAGGCCAAUGGACGUGGCUAUUGGGAGACAUCAGAAGACAAUAUUGAGAAGUUGAGGCAGUUGUACUCAGAAGUUGAGGACAAGAUUGAGGGAAUUGACCGGUAGAGACAGUUCUUAAAACAAAAUUGUUAUGAAAAUUUGUAAAGUGACGAAAGAAAAGUUAUCAGUACAUUGAUGAAUUUUAGUUUCAGUGCUUUGAAAUGUCUGGUUAAUGUGAAUUUGUUUACAUGUUUUUCUGAUGUAACUCAAGACAUUUUCAGGCACUAAGGUAGUGACUGUUGCUUUGGUUAUCAUGUUCAUUAAAAAUAAAUAUAUAAAUAUAUUUCUCCGUCA